ACAAAGCAAACCACGUUACAAAGGGACCAAAGUGGUCGGUUGUUGAUGUACAUUGUUCACCAGCUAUCUUCUUCCUCUUUUUAUCUCCCUUUCAUCCCAAUCCUCUCUUCUUUACUACUUUCAUACUUUCCUAUUUUUCAGUGCCAAAACACACACAAAAACCCCCCAUUUUUUUCCUUCAUCAAAUGAGGAAACUUUGUCCAAAUUAUGAUCUCCCAGAUGGGUUGGAAACAGUCUUGGAAGUACCAAUCCCUGAAGAAAUGUUUGUUUCAAACAAGACAAGCAAUCACCGGUCAUGGCAAAACAUGAAAUCAUGGAUGACUUUAAAACCAAACACCGAACAACAAAGACCUUCAAUGGUGACUGUUUUUGGUGGUAGGAACACAGAGAUUCAACUCUUGCUUGGUGUUAUUGGUGCUCCAUUGAUCCCUCUCCCUAUCAAUCAUAAUGAUAAUUUCAUUACCAAGAACAUAAAAGAUCAUCCCAUUGAAGCUUCAAUGGCGAAAUAUAUAGUGAAACAAUACAUUGCUGCGGUUGGUGGUGAAAAGGCAUUGGGGUGUAUCGAUAGUAUGUAUGCUAUGGGGAAAGUGAAAAUGGCUGCUUCGGAGUUUAGUGCCGGUGAAGGCAGUGUGAAUAGUAAGGUUGUUAAGGUGAGGAAUUUGCGGCACGGCGGCGGUGGUGAGGUCGGUGGUUUCGUUUUGUGGCAAAAAAGGCCGGAGCUUUGGUGCCUUGAACUGGUGGUUUCCGGUUGUAAAAUCAGUGCCGGUAGCGAUGGGAAAGUGGCUUGGAGACAAACACCUUGGCACCAUUCUCAUGCUUCUAGAGGUCCACCUAGACCCCUCCGGCGGUUCUUACAGGGUCUUGAUCCGAGAUCGACGGCAAAUCUGUUCACGAAUUCGGUUUGUGUUGGUGAGAAAACGAUCGAUGACGAAGACUGUUUCGUCCUAAAACUAGAGGCCGAACCUUCGGCGUUACGAGCUCGAAGCAGCACCAACUUAGAGAUCAUUCGUCACACGGUUUGGGGUUGCUUUAGCCAAAGAACCGGUCUCUUGAUCCAACUCGAAGACUCCCAUCUCUUACGUAUCAAAUCCCCGGGGAACGAUGGUGUCUUUUGGGAAACAACAAUGGAGUCCUCUAUCCAAGACUACCGAACCGUAGAUGGUAUCAACAUCGCGCAUGCUGGCCACACUCGGGUCUCGUUGUUCCGGUUCGGGGAGAACUCCGAGAGUCAUUCGAGGACUAGGAUGGAAGAGGUUUGGACAAUUGAAGAAGUCGAUUUUAACAUCAAAGGGUUGUCGACGGAUUGCUUUUUGCCCCCCGGGGAUUUGAAGAAAGAAGAGGAAGGGUUCGGGAUCGUCCCAAGUGACGUACGAUUGCCGUUUAAGCUCAGAAACGAUCGCUCUAGUAGGGUUCAUGGAUCCAAAAUUGUUGCCAUUGAUGUUGAUGAAUGUGACGAUAUAUCAUCCUCAGAUGAUGAUGAUGAUGAUGAAUUGUUUUAAAUUUGAAUUCCUUGUAAUAUUAAUUUGUAAAUAUUGAUACUAUAACAUGUAUCCAAUUUGUAGCCCUCAGCAUAUGAAAAAUGCCAAGUUUUGUGUA